AUGGCUACCACUAUCACGCCUGCGCAGGCAGAGCUCAUCAGCUCCCUCGCACCCGAAGAUAUCCCCACGAAGCUGCGAUGCGCCAUCUGUAGCAAGCUGGCCGUCAACGCCUAUCGUCUGCCCUGCUGUGAGCAAGCCAUAUGCGAGAACUGCCAGACAACACUGCCAUCGGCCUGCCCGGUAUGCGAGCACUCGCCCGUCUCCGCCGAGGACUGCACGCCGCACAAGUCCCACCGCACGACGAUCCGCGUCUUCUUGCGCACCCAGGAGAAGAAGCGCGAGGAAAAGGCCAAAAGAGAUGCCCGGGACUCGGCCCCCGUGACCCCAGUCGAUGCGAAACCCGUCGUGUCGCUGCCUGCUACCGCCUCGCAGUCGCCUGCUGUUGACGUGGCACCCGACUCGAACAAUGCUGCCGCGCCAGCCGCCGCCGCGCUGUCGAGCCAGGGCGCCGCUGCACAGUCUGGUGACGGGACGCAGUCGACGGAAAUGGAGACGGCGCCGACGGCAUCAAAUGCUGCCGAGUCUUUAACUCAGGACAGUGUUUCUAUCGAACAGCCGGCCGGCGGCCAUCUGCAUUCCGACACCGACGCUGCCGCUGCCUCACAAGAGGUCGUAACACAGAAUAACGAGAACGCUAUUGGUGAGACUGCGGUUCAGACUACUACUGAAGGCGAUGCCGACGCAGAUGCCGAGAAGAACGGCGACCAGGCCGAGGCGGACGAUACGACCAGCAACCAGAAUAUGAUGAACGGAGGGUUCAGCAUGAGUUUUGGCAAUGGCGGCGAUUAUAAUCAGAUGCAAAUGAUGAUGGCCAUGCAGAACGGAAUGGCGCCCAACGCGUUUGGCUCAUUUCCCAUGAUGGGAAUGGGCAUGGGCAUGGACCCCAUGGCGAUGCAGAGCAUGUACAUGAACGGCGGCUUCAACCCUCAAGGCAUGGGUAUGGGAGGCUUCGGAGGUGGUUACGGUUCGGGUUCCAAUAACUGGAACGGACAGCAGUCAUGGAAUUUCGGCCAAGAUAAUUACAAUUCUGCAAGUGCUGCUGGCAUGGGAUCGGGUGACUUUGGAGCAUAUAACUCUGGAUUCCAGCCAGGCUACAAUCAAGGUGCUUAUGGUCACAAUGACUACCGUCGCAACGCCAACAACAACUUUGGGUUCCGAGGACGCGGACGAGGCCGCGGGUUCUACGGUGGCCAGGGCCGCGGCGGUUAUCAACAGUAUGGCCAGGCCUCUGCCUACGACAGCAUGCAGCAACAACAGCUGCAGCAGCAGCAAUACGGACAAGCCGGAGCAGCACAAGGCUCGGGUGCCGGCAACAGCCAAGGCAACCAGACGCAGGCAGCCAAUGUUGACGAGUUUGGACGCGAGAUCAGAGCUGAAGACUCACAGGAACAGAGCGCAGCAGGCGAGGCCAAGGCCGGCCAGGAUGCGACCGAGCAUGACGAGGCUGGCAACCCCAAUAGCAAGGGCGAAGGAACCGCCGUAGCGUCGCAGGAGACCUCUGGCCAGAACGUCGUAGGCAACGGAACAUCUGCCGCCUACAGUGGUGAUGCGUCGGCCGGGGGCUACGGGCCUGCCGGCUACGGUAACAUGCCACACGGCCGCCCUGACCAGAUGAUGGGCGUGUACACGCCGCCCGUGCCAGACGUGCCGCUGAAUGCGCCCACCGGUCCCAAGGCCAUGCGCCGCGGACUGCCUAACACGAGCAUGCACAACCUGCGCGCCCUCGGCUACCAGGUCGAGGAUGGACGCGACCGUAGCACCUCUGUGAACGGUACUGGGCUGCCGAGCCCGCGUGAGGACCGACACAGGUCACGCAGCGCAUCAACCGCCCAGGUCAAGGACCAGCAGACCCAAGACGCGGCCAGUCGUCGCGAUGGCAGCCGAGGUCGCGAACGAGAGGACCACGACAGCAAGCCCGACCACGAGAAUGGCGCUGCGGCGGCUCCCGAACCUGCCGUCUCUCGGACUGCCAGCAAGAGCCGUAGUCGCAGUCGCAGUCGUAGCCGCGACCGUGACCACAACCGCAGGAGUGAUCAGCGACACCGGCGCCGACGCCACCGUUCCACGUCACGAUCGGGCGAUGAGCGUACGGAUGACCACCGCCGCCACCGGCAUAAGGGCCGAAAGCAGGAGGACGAUCUUGAGGAGGAUACCAGAUCGCGCUACAAGGAUGAUGACGGCAACGGCGGCGAGAGGACGAGGUCGGCUUCGCCUGCUGAAUCGAAGCGAUCUGCCCACCGCAGCCGCCGGGACCGCGACGACCGGCGCCGGGACAAGGACCGCGACCGCGAGCGUGAGAAAGAGAGGCAUCGCGACGACGAGGAGCACGAUCACCGCCACAAGUCUAGUCGACGCUCACACCGUGACCGUGAUCGUGAACGCGAUCGGGAUAAGGAUCGCGGCACCCAAGACCGUGACCGCGACCGUGACCGCGACAGGGAACGGGAUCGCGAGCAUGACGCCCGGGAGCGGAGCGAUCGCAACCGGGAUCGCGAGAAGGACCGCGACAGCAGAGACAAGGACCGCGAUCGACGGAGGCGCGAUAAAGACCGACACCGUAGCAGCCGGAAGCAAUCUGCUGGGCCGUCCAACUCGACCGACAAGGGGUUCAACCCGCCGACCGGUCCCAGGUCGGGUCCCGAGUCGACGAGCGGCGCCAGCAAGACGAAGGACCCGCACGCGUUGGAGCGCGAGGCGCGCGACAGAGAGAGGCUUCUCCGGGAGACGCAGCGCAUGGCCGGGCUCGCGUCGCUCGCGGGGUCGAAGCGCGGGCGGGGCGGCGGUGACGAUGGCGACGAGGGCAAGCGGAGUCGGCGGAAAGGGCGACGAAGCGAGACGGUGGGCGGUGACGACGAGGACAGGAUGCGCAGGCUCGAAGCCGAGCGGGAAGGCGGACGCUGGUGA